CACCUGCCACCGCAUUCCAGCUCGUUGUCCAGGGAAUCGCACGCGACUCUUUCAGCAGAGCAUGGUUCGAGGCUGCAUUGUUCCUCCUGCUUGGGAGUAGAUAUUCCAACCACCGCGUUGCCGGCAACAAAGGCCGACAGACGUCAUGGCCUCCUCUUCAGGCGCGCCUACGCCAGAUGUCGCGCCUCGAAGAGCAGUCAAUGCUAUUCGAUCCUUUACCGUGCCUGCGAAGUUGAGCAGCACUCCUCCGCCGGCCAGAGCUCAGCCGGAAAUUGGCUCGGCCGAGGGCAUCGAGACCCUCUACGUCCAUCCCAACGCCAGCAUCUUCAAAUUCACCGCGUCGGGAUUCGGCGUCGGCAGCAGCAGUCCCAGCCGACCGCAAUCCUCUUCCGGCACCUUACAAUGGGCCACUUCUACCGAGCGCACAAUCGCAGUUGGUCAGCUAGAGAUCUAUCGCGUGCCCGGCUCGGUCAGCUUCCUCAAGUCCGGCACUCUACUCCACGCCGUUCUACCCAAAUCGCAAUGCUGGUGUGUAGAUGGAGUGAGCAAGUUUGUCGUCCGGGCGUCGCCAGAAACGUAUUACCGGAUUGAAGUACCCGGGGAGACGGCAGAAGAUUUACGACUAGUCGAGGGGCUGAAAGAGACGCUGAAGAAGGUGCUCUCCUAUGAGAAAGCUCCGUGUCCCUUUGCACGAACCUUUACCGUUGACCUUCCCCAAGAAACCCCAGAGCCAAAGAAGAAGAGGCGGAGACAUACGGAGGGAAAGGUGAAGAAAUGGAGACUCGAUCAUGCAUAUGGAUGGAAACCAGAAGGAUGGGAGCCGGGGAUGGAUGAACCUGAAGAGCGGGAAGAAGCAUCGGCAUCGGCGUCUGGAUCGGACGGUGAAUCGUCGAGUCAAGAUGAGACGGCGGAGGAGACCGCCGAGCUCAACGAGGGUAUGCAGAAUGUGGCAGUCAGCCCUUCGGCGAGGGCAAGAGCACUUCAAGCGCUGAGGUCAGCGAGCAUGUCGCAACAACCUGCCAUGCCGUCAACGCCUCCGCCGAAACUCAGACCGAGAGCCCAGGAGACUGAAUCGAUGGUCGCAGAAGAUACAACUGCCGGGGCCACCCAGCAAGGUGAUGUGUUAGGAGCGACGACCGAUCCCCCACGGCACAACGACAAUAUCGUACCGACCCGCACUUUCCAGGCCAUACCCACAGAUAUGCCUCCGUCGCCACCGGAUUCCAGUGCUGGGUUGGACUUUUCGGAGCAUCGGCAUGCGCUUGACGGCGGUUUGGAUAUUGAACGCAUAGUUGAAGGAGAUGACGAGGACGAUGCAGUCGUCGAACACGCCACCACUGGAGACUCUGUCCCUCAUGAUGAGGCGGUACCGAACGACGACGAAGAAGAACGCGAAGAGAAUCAAACGCAACCGUCACCGCAAAUCAUUGAAGUGGUGCCCCACAAUGUCAAGCCAAUACCGGCAGGACCCCACGCAGACGACGCAGAAGUGAACGCUGGUUCUGAAGAUGAAACGACGUCGACCGUACAUCUAUCUCCAUCUCCGUCUGAAGAUCGACGAUCGGUCACACCCCCAAAGCGACGGCCCAGCUCCGAGGACCCCUACGCCGCGAUUCAGGCUCGCAUCCUAGCUCGAAGGUCACUAAGUGGCACGACCGCCUUCUACCCGCUCCACAAGUCGCCAACGCGUGAAUCCACAUCCUCCAACUCCUCCGCGGCCACCAUCGUGUCCAACUCGGCCUCUCGCUCCCGCCGUUCACAGGAGGACAUCGCGACUGUGAUGGCGCGCAAAGCGUACUCCGUAAUCCUCGGCCCUCCAGCGCACCUGGUUGCCAUCAUGCUCAAAAUCGCUGCGAGGUUUGCCAACGGGGCUUUCGGCAUGAGUGGCAUGUUCUACGUGGAGAGUCCGCUCGACUCGCCACGCAAGGUACCCGGGAGCUAUCAUUUACAGCUUGACGGCGAGACCAUGGAGGCGGUGGAGGUACACAGUGAAGAUGAGAGGGAGGGGUGGGAGGAUGAGGAGGAUGACUUUGGAAUUCCGCUCCCUUCUAACGUAAGAGGGCUGAGAGCGAGGAAGGGCUUUGAUGCAGACUGAGUGGAGGGAGGCGGUGACGGACUGUAUGUACGAUGUUAUGUCGACAACGAAUCAAUGUGCAGACUUGGAAACUCUCGCCGCUCUUGACUUCACAGCUACAUUAGGUGUCACGUGAUCAAAUUUGGC